GCCCCAGCUGCGCUCCCGCCCGCCUGCCCGCCUCCCUUCCUCCGGCGCCCAAACAGCCGAGGCCGCCUUUCCCGGAACGUCGCCAGCCCUGCGCCGCCGCCGCCGGCAGGAACCAGACGAAGUAUAAUGUGUGAAUGUUAUUGACAUCAUGACAAGUGUUAGACAUAGAAGAGGAAUAAAAAGCACCAAUGUUCCACAAGAUUGUCUGUCACAGGACAAAAACUGGAAACUUAACGAGAAGAACGUAGCUGGUGCAAAACAAUGGAAGAAAGAUUUCACUUGUCAUCGGCGGAAUUGUGGCCUUUUCUUGGGAAUAAUCACAUCCGUUUACGUCUCCACGCUCCAUGAAAACGAUCUGUGGUUUUCAAAUAUCAAGGAAGUAGAACGGGAAAUUUCCUUCAGAACAGAAUGCGGUUUGUACUACUCUUAUUACAAGCAGAUGCUGGCGGCGCCCUCAAUUCAACAAGGUUUAUACAGCUUGAUCUAUGACAAUAAAACUGAAUCCAUGAGAACAAUUAAUAUACUUGAAAGAAUGAAUGUUUAUCAAGAAGUAUUUCUCAGCAUGCUAUAUACAGUGCUUCAUUUGAAAAGAUUUUUAGAACAUUAUUUUUACAUCUAUACGCUGUUCAGCCUUCAAGCCGUGUAUGUCCUUGCCUUAUAUGUGACUAGUUGGCUUCUUAGUGGAACGUGGCUUUCGGGUGUAUUAGCUGCUGUCUGGUAUAUAGUCAACAGAGUAGAUACAACCCGAGUGGAAUUCACCAUCCCGCUAAGAGAAAACUGGGCACUGCCGUUCUUUGCCGUCCAGCUCGCUGCAAUUACGGUCCUUUUCAGAUCACAUUUACGAUCUGUUCACGAAAGGUUGACGCUUCUAGCCGUGUUUAUUGCAACCUUCCUCUUAAGUUUGACUUGGCAAUUUAAUCAAUUCAUCCUGUUGAUCCAAGCGAUGGCUUUGUUCACUCUCGACUGCCUUGACAUGAUCCCUGAAGGAAAAGUUAUAAGGCUCUAUAUCGUACAGGUGGCCAGUCUGCUGAUGGUUUACCUCUUACAGUUCUUUAAUUCCAUGAUCAUUGGGUCAUUGCUUGUCAGCUUUAAUAUGUCAGCUUUGUUAGCAAGAAAACUUCAGAAUAACUUGAAAACCGGCGGCUUGUUAAGCAGAAUUGGGAAACUUCUACUCCAUGUGCUAUUAGUGCUGUGCUUGACAUUCCUUGUAAAUAAUUUUGUUAAGAGAAUUCUAAAUCUGCAAUCCGAUGAGCACAUCUUCAAAUUUCUGAAAGCAAAAUUUGGAUUCGGAGCAACAAGAGAUUUUGAUGCUAACCUGUACUUGUGCGAAGAAGCUUUUGGUCUUUUGCCUUUUAAUACUUUUGCAAGACUAUCAAAUACACUCGUUUUGUACCCUUACUUAUUUGUCCUGUUGAUCACGGCCACAACAGCUGCUGUUGUCUCUUUUCAAAACCUUAGUGGCCGUGCGAGUAUCAAAUCCGCGGGAAAACAACCCACGUCCGCCACCGUGUUCAAACCUGCUAUGGCUUACCACUUGGUCCACACCAUUUCAUUCGGGCUCCUGGCCUUAAGCACCAUGAGGAUGAAAUAUCUCUGGACUUCCCACGUGUGCAUGUUUGCAGCUUCUGGCCUGUGCAGUGGUGAUAUCUGGGGACUGGUUUUGAAAUGCGUUCAUCUUCACACACCCAAACGGGUUUCUGUGAUUAGAUACGUAACACCAAUCCUCGUAUUGCUCUAUCUUUGUUAUAAGUUCCUUCCGGGAAUAAUGGCAGAGCUGUCAGAGCUGAGAGAAUUCUACGACCCGGACACGGUGGAGCUAAUGAACUGGAUUAAGUCCAACACUCCCAAGAAAGCAGUGAUUGCAGGAAGUAUGCAGCUCUUAGCAGGGGUUAAGCUUUGCACUGGAAGAAUUUUAACCAAUCACCCCCAUUAUGAAGACAAGAGCCUGCGAGAAAGAACAAAGCAGGUUUAUCAGGUGUAUGCCAAAAGAUCGCCGGAAGAUGUCCACAGGAUCCUCAGAUCUUUUGGCACCGACUUUGUGAUCUUGGAGGACAGCAUUUGUUAUGAAAGACGGCAUAGCAGGGGUUGUCGGUUGCGUGACCUUCUGGAUAUUGCCAACGGCCACACUAUGGAUGGUCCUGGAGAAUACGAUCCUGAUCUCAAACCUUCACCGUCGCCUCGCUUCUGUGAGGAAAUCAAAAGAAAUCUGCCCUCCUACACAAUGUAUUUUACUAAAGUCUUUCACAACAAAACAUUCCAUGUUUACAAACUGGCUCGACAUCAAAACCACGCAUAGCUUUGCUAAAAAUGGCUCUUUUUUAAAAAAAAAGAAAAGAAAGGGAAAUUGUUUUAGGUCGGUUGAAAGUGUUUCAUUUUUAAUCCCUCGAUAAUUCAAGAACGCUUGGUUUCGUAACACUUUACAUGUGCCAUAAUGUAAGUUAUCAAAAACAGAGGCCAUAUAUAUACGGAGAUCAUGAAAAGCAAAUCUUUCAUAACUUCUAUUCCAAUAUUUCAUGAUUUAAAAAAAA